CAAGUCAACAUGAAGUGCAAGUCUAGCAAUCCUUUUUUAGAAUAUUUAUUGAGAACAACUUUUUGAUAGAAGACUAAUAUCGUGAGAAAUCGUCGAACGCCACGAUUUCAAGUGCUAUGAAUCAUUUUUUUCAUAUUUUAUGUUUUUCGAGUAAAAAAGGGGAAUACGUACCAUAAAAAAUCAUGUUUGAUCAAGUUAAUGAAAGAGAAUGUUUCCGAUUGGCUCAGAGUGAAUUGGAAAUUGUGCGAUUAUUUGUAUUUUUUUACUUGCACAUGUAAAACAACCCCUUAAUUUUAGUACAGCAUAUCAUACAUAUAAAGCACCGGGGGAUUUACAAUGGCGUAGGAACGACACAGAGGGUUGCUGAUAUCAACAAUCUCAUUGAAGGUCGUCUAUUGAGCCGGUGUGUUUCUGUUAUUGUGUUAUUAUAAAACUAGGCAAUAUCCCUAAGCAAUCUUUAGUUGGCCGAGCGACGGGUUAAAGAACAGUAAACAAAACCACGUGGAAAAUAUUAUGACCCGCAAUGCCUACAUGCACACGGUGAAACAUAAAAAACUUAAAAAAAAAUAUAUAACUUUUGCAGUUAUAUAAGGAAUGGAAAUUUGCGCGAAAAUGUCAUCUUGUUAUAGCCGGUUUGAUAUUCGCUCCAUCGAUUCAGAUGAGAAAUUUGAUGACAAUUCCUCUUACGAUAGUGGUUAUGAAAAAAGCUUUGAAACGGAUUGUUGUAUUACGCCACGUAAAUCAGAGUUUGAUUGCAGUUUAAAUUAUUGUAACGAAGCCGCCAAAGAUAGUCUUGAUAAUCAUCUUAGUAAUUCUCAUAUAUCUGUGAUUGAUCAGUCCCUAUUUCCCGCUCUUCUUGAUAACUGCAGCAACCACAGCAAUCGCAGCUCCCGAACUCUAGUCGAGCACGUAAUUAACAAAGUUCCACCAUCGGAAAAUGAGUUUUCACCUAAAUUAGGCUCAGACACAUCGACGCCGAUAAAAAAAUCGAAAUUACAAGAAGAUGAACAUACAACAGAGCCACGACCUAAACGUAAGUAUGCCAUCGGACAAAAUCGAAUGACACGUUCGCGUAGUCCCACACAGGUUAUACGUAUUAAGAAAUUUCGUCGCCUAAAAGCUAACGAUCGCGAAAGAAAUCGUAUGCAUAUGCUUAACGAUGCCCUAGAGCGAUUACGUAUAACUUUACCUCAGUUACCCGAAGAGACCAAAUUGACGAAAAUCGAAAUAUUACGGUUUGCCCAUAAUUACAUUUUCGCUUUAGAACAGGUAUUGGAAAGAGGCGGGACACUUAAUUUAGAUUUGGAAAAAUUGCAAAAUUUUACACUGAGCGGAGAGCGGAUAACAAAAGAAAUAUUUGAAGCACUAUUUGUAAGUCCGCAACCAUUUCCCAAUUUAGUGGAAACAGGCUUCAUUGGUUAUGAUUUUAGUGGGCGUAUACCAUCCCAUCCAUUUCAUCAAAUGCCAUUCGGCAAUCAACAAGCUUCAUCUUAUCUUAACAGCUCGCCAUCAUCAAUAUUCAAUACUCAAGAUUUUUUUAACAGUAUGAGCCAUUACGGUAACCAGCAACGUCAGCAGCACCUCAGCCACUAUACAAAUGAAAACUAUUCGACAGAGAAAUAUGAACUUUUUGAGGAAACCUUUAAAGCAGCUGCUCAAAUAAAAUCAACCGUAAAUAAUCGCACCGCAAAAUAUUUAACGCAUAAUGAAUGCCAUACCGGUGUAAAUUAUCCAUCAUCCCGACUAUCGUCUAAUAUAACUUGCAGAAGUAAAUCUCCUACACAAGCGGAUUUUCAUCAAGACUGUAGUUUCUAUAGGCAAACAUCAUCUUGGAAGGAGUGCAAAAAAUCGUUUAAUAAUAAU